AAUUUACAUAAUCUCUAUCUGCAGAUUUUGUAUAUUCUGUUAUUUUUUAUUUGCUUCAGCACCUUUCUUGGCAAUUCCAAAGGUCUCUCCGCCAUGGCUGCGACUCAGGCCGUUUCCUUUGACGACAUUAUUAAAUCUAGUCGCCAGAAGAAAAAGAAUGAGGAGCUCGCGAACCAGAUUCUAGGCAAGAACAGGAGGGCCAGCGCGCCUGGCUUUGGGCCCGGAAAGGCGCAAAAUGCGACGCCCGGUGGGAGUUUGGCGAGUCGGAUUGGUGUGACAAAGCGCUCUGCAUCCGUAAAUCUCAGCUCCAAGUCGGGGAGUAGAGCCUCCUCCGCGGCCGCCGGACGGAACACAACGAGCGCAAAACCAACGCGUCGGUAUCGCCCUGACGAAAAUCGCCUCGUGUCAGCAAUCAACUCCGCGAAUGGUCAGGCUACAGUACGCAACGCCGGCGGAAUCAACAUCAAGGGGGCCAGCUCAGCACCGCCUGUUGUCAUCGGGAGCAAUUUCGCUCCCGGGACCACGGCUGCCGAUAUUCAGUCAGCCAUCGAGCCCGUUUCCGGAAAGAUUAUUAGCUGCUGGAUCACAUCGCAAAAGCCUACAGUUACAGCAGAAAUCACCUUCGCCGAAACAUCAUCAGCUGAAAAGGCUGUGGCCAACUUCCACAAUCAAAGGGCCGAUGGUCGGAUCCUUUCAUUCCAGCUUUCCCACCGCGAUGCGUUCGGCCGUCUGAUAACAACGGGUUCGCCCUUCGAUGACCAACGGGAACAAGCAGACCGGAAUCGGCGAGCGCAACGGACGGCGGAUCCAGCAGUUCAGGAUGGUAGAUACGGGUUCAACGAGCAGGCUCAACAGCCCCUCGAUUCCAGAGACUCUAGAUACAAUGGCCGUGGUAACAAUCGGAGGGGCAACAGGGGUAGGAGGAACUUUUACGGAGGUGACCAAGGCGAGAACCAGGGAGCCCAAAAGACUGGCCAAUACAGUGAUGAGAUUAUGACGGAUGCUCCUCCACAGGGUCCAAGGAACAAAAGUAACCGGCGGCAGUGAUAUAUGCCUAUCUGCACAUAUCCUUUCAUCACAUGGUUUGGUGCCCGCGCUGUGGGAAGCCUAUUGCACCAGCAUACUGCAGAGGGGUCGGAUUAAACGCGACUGCGGAUGGCCAGUUACCGUGCGUAUCUGCUCGUGUACAUUGCUAGGGCGGUUGUUGUGACUUUCCCGUCUUAUCAGGUGCGGAAUUAUUAUCUAGUCCUAUGUUGUGAUAUGUACGAUUUCUGUCUCCUC